GCUUGAUCAAUUAAGAGUAGAGAAAUACAACCAUGAAGUUAUCGGUGAUAUUCCUGAUAACUGGGUCUAUACUCCUGGUGGAGGCAGAGCUGAUGACACCUAAACAGAGGCUACGGUGCGAACAGUUCAUCAGUAUCUUCGAGAACGACACCAUUGAAAUCCAAUACGCGUUUGUGAUGGACGUUCACGACGGCCGGGGCUAUACGUGCGGUAAGUUUGGCUUCACUACCUGUACGGGCGAUGCCUACGAUCUGAUUAAGAAAUAUACGGCCAAAAAGCCGGCCAACCCUUUGGCCCCAUUCCUGCCUGAGUUGGUACGACUCGCGCGUGAGUUCAGUAACGAUACGUCAGGUUUGGGCGGAUAUCCCGAGGCGUGGAAAACGGCCGCAAAAGACCAGUUGUUUAGAGACACUCAGGACGAGGUCAGCGCCGGUAUGUCCUACUAUCCGGCCAUAAAAUACGCGGAAAGGGCGGGCAUUAAAACAGCGAUGGGCAAGUGUGCGAUAUAUGACUGCAUAAUUGAGCAUGGUAACAACGAUGACGGCGACUCAUUGGGCGCCAUAUUUAACCGCACGUGGGAUAAGGAAAAGGGAGGCGUAAAGAGUGCGGCGACCGAACAGUAUUGGAUCCGCUCUUUCCUGAACAUGCGUUUAGACGACUUCGACAAUCCCAGGGAACCCAUCAAUAUUGAACACCACACCUUCUGGCACGACAUGUCUGUCCAACGUGUAUACGCUAUGAUCACCUUGCUCAAUGAGUAUAAUAUGGAUCUAGAUGGACCCAUUCAUAUUAAGACUAAAGAUCAUGAUAAAACAAUUCCAUAA